CGCCAUCGAAAGACCCCAAAGGACCAAGAUGGCUGCGCCCGAGACAGACACCGGGGAGUUUGAACGCUGGCUAAAUGAUCGGCUAGACUCGCUAGAAGUGGACCGUGAGGUAUACGGGGCGUACAUUUUAGGGGUCCUGCAAGAGGAGGAGAGUGACGAGGAGAAAGAGGAUGCGCUUCAAGGGAUUUUAUCAGCAUUUUUGGAUGAGGACACCGUGGAAGAUGUCUGCAAACAGAUCAUCAAGCAGUGGACGGAGUGUUGCAACCGAUCGUCGGCCAAAAGAAGUGCUGAUGAUGCUGAGGUCCAAGCCAUCGCCAGCAUGAUAGAAAAGCAAGCUCAGAUUGUGGUGAAACAGAAAGAGGUGUCCGAGGAGACGAAGAAAAGGAAAGAAGCCCUCCUUGCUCAAUACGCUAACGUAACAGAUGAAGAGGAUGAAGCUGAAGACGAGGAGGCGCCAAGUGGAAAUCACAUUGCAGGAAAUGAGAAGUCUCUGUUCAAGAACACCAACGUGGAAGAGGUGCUAAACAGACAAAAGCAAAAGCGGGAACAGGCUCGCGAAGAUGCUCAGAAGAAGAAGGAAAUGGACAAGAUGCAGCGGGAGAAGGAUAAACUAGCCAAACAAGACAGAAAAGAGAAGGAGAAGAAGCGUACACAGAAAGGCGAACGCAAAAGAUAAAACCAAGAGAAAGGACACUUUGUAUGUGAAAAGGUUUUGUUACAACAGUCAUUGCCUCUUUUUAGCUAAAUCUCAUUGGCACCGUCAGUAUGUGAACAUGACUUCAUCAGACCCUCCUUGUUAAUCACUCUCUGCAACUCAUGCUGUGUAAACAAUGUACUGGAUGUUGUGCAGGUCCAAGAUUCUGGCCUUUUUUUCUUGGAUGCUGAUAUGGGCAGACACAGAAGGACAUGGUCUAGGAAUAAAGCAGCAAAUCUUUCUAUGAUGAUGAUUUAAAAAAAUAGUUGCCUAUUUAAGUCUGCCAAUAUUCUAGCAAGUGUAAAACAUUCUUCAGCUAAGCUUUGACAGUUACCCCUGAGAUAAUCAAAGUAUUCAUCUAAAGCAUAAAUUGGAUUGACUGUGAUAAAAAUCAGUCAAAUCAAAGCAAAUACACAGAGUUUUUAGGAAUUUUCCUCUGUGCCAAUAUCUUCCAAAUGACUUUCAUUUCUGCACAACCUCUAAGUAAAGGCAAGUCCUCAUGUCAAACAUUCUCGCUUUCAUUUCAGUGCUUUAGGUUUUAGUUUUACUGACUAUGCAUUUUGUCUGACAAUAAGAACAAAGGACUGGUUGUUAAAUUAUACCUCAAGUAUCAUGACAUGUACCAUGAUUUGAAUGUUUAUAAUGAGGUUCAUCAUCUUUUUAAAGUAAUUAAAAAAAACAUUUUGAGCAAA